GGAAAACUUUUGGGAACAAUUUUUUUCUCUGUCGAUGAGGCCUGAGAUUCGGCUAUUCAUGCGCGCGCUCUUAAAUAGAUAAAUCAUCAUCUCACUUAUCCACUUAGGUGACGUAACAGGAUUGGUGGAACGUCUUCACGUGACUUUUUCCACGAUGGAUUGAAAAAGAAUAAUUCCUAGUAUGGAGGGUUCAGUAUCACAAUGUAUGAUGGAGAUAUCUCCUUCUUACCAAACUACAGAUUUACUGCACGAGAAUGUGUUAGAUCUAGAAAGAUUUCCCCUUAUCGGUCAUACCAAAGGUCCGAAGCGGGAGAAAUGCUGGGGACAUGACGUCACUAAAUAUGGCGGCAUCGGGAAGCUGCCAUUUCUUGGCGAAACUUCGCUCGAUGGGAAACCUGUGGUGAGCCGCAGUCAUCGGCAUUAUUCCAGCGGCAUGAACGCAAUUAAUGCUUCUGCUCAGCCGUUUGCGGUAACGACUCUAUCACUAGCUGCCUGCCGCUUGAACGAUGAACUGCUACCGAAGCCACUCAUCACAACGAAGCACAAAGAUAUCCAGACGGCUGAGCCAUGGCCGGAGCAUCUCCGCAGCAUGUACACAAGCCAUAUUUGCAAGUUCGACGUGUUUCCCAGAUUUGAUGCAGCCAGAACCAAGUUCGACGUUCCUAUUCCAAGAAAAAGAAAUCAGAAACUCAGUGCUAACACCGCCGCUGCACUUGAAAGACUAUCGGACAAUAUUUACCGCACUACGCAUUACCAGCGGACAUACCCUUCAUGGCAUGCGCAUAGAGAACUACCAGAAAUCAGGAAAUUGGAAGAAAGUAGCUUAGAGGAUGAAGAAGAUGACGAAGACGACGAAGAAGAGAAAGAAAACACUGAUUUAUCUGAAGACAUCGGUUACACAGCCAUCAUACCACAUGAUAUGACGGCAGAGGACACGAAGCAAACAUAUGGCCUCCAGGCAAAUGCCAACACAGUUGUACGUAGUCUUGGACAACCCAGGGCUGCCUCACCUCAGAAACUGCCGAACAUGAAAACUUUGCCCGAAGCGGCGACAAGUCAAAUCGGGGCCAGCUCGAAGGAAAGUUCAAAAGCAAAGCGGCCCACAAGCAGACCUCGACCGCCUAGUCGACUUCUUACCAAACGAGCUUGGACUCCUGGUCGACGGACUCCUUUUGCUUGUCGACGGGCUCCAACUCCUGGUCGACGGACUCCUACCCCUGGUCGACGAGCUUCAAGUCGAAGAAAAACUCGUGAUCUAAACUCCCCACAAGCAAGGCCUGAAACACGGUGCGAUGUUACGAGUAAGGAAGACAUCACUCUUGUGUCUGCCAGCUUAACGGAACCAUCCUGUUUGGGAUAUGGAGACUUCAGUGACAACUUGCCGUCUCUCGAGCUGAUCCGUUUGCAAGGAGGGGGCAGAAUGGAGGCGCCAAGUCCGGGAUCAAGGGCGGAGCAUAGCAGAUGGCAUCACAAGCGAAGCCUUAACGCCACGGUGGGAAAGAAGUUUAAAACAGACGCUCAUAGAAAAUAUCAUACAAAGUACCCGGAUCUAGUGCCAGAUCUUCGCGACUCGACGACAAGCGGAAAAAUACAUUUUUUCUUCGGAGCACAUGCGUCAUACCUGAGAUGAUCACCUGUCGAAUUCUGCAAACAUACCGUUUGGAUAUUUUGCAAAGAGACGCGGCUGAAGCUGUCAUGUCCACAAAAUCUCAAAGCAAACAUUGCCGGUAUUGGGAGAUUUUUGUGAAAAAAUACGCAAAAUGUCUGGGAAGGCGAGCCAACAAGGUUUUGCACAUAGUCGUAUUCCACAAUAAACAAGCUUUUGGGCA